AUGGAUCUGACGCAGGAGUCCAUCCUCUCCCUUCUGAUCGCCGAGGGAGGCCAAGUGAAAAAAUCCGAGUUGUUGGCCAAGUUCAAGGCUUCCGUAGACUGCGUGGAUCCCGCGGAGAAGGAGCGCAACAGGGAGCUGUUCAAGACUUUCGUCAACAAUGUCGCCUUCGUCAAAGAGAUCGACGGCGCCCGAUGCGUUGUCCUCAAGAAAAACUACAAGCAUUUGCUCCGAGAGGAGGAGAGUCACGUGGGGGGGAGUGAGGGUAAAGAGAUCAGGCUGACUGGUGAGGAGAAGGCUGAAGACCCAGGAGGAGCAGAGGAGGGGGGCCCGGCUGCCUCCCAGGUUGAAGAGGAUCCUGAAGAGUCCUCUGUGGUCCACCUGGCUCUGCAGAGGAGCAAAUCUGACCAUGUGAAAAUGAAAAGGGCGCUGAAUUUUGACAUCAACAAGGAGGAACAAGAAAAAGAGAAUCGUUCGAGAGGGGCGGCGGUGUCUUCCAACAAGAGCAGACCCUACGCCUUGCCUCUCCGAAUGCCACCCAGUGCUACAAAAGUCGAGAUUCACAAGCUGAAGGCGGACGAGCUUCCUGAGAUUUCAAACGUGGACACGUUCAAGAACAAGAAGAGGCUUUCCUCGGUGGAAUCGGGCAGGGCGGUGAAGAAGGCGUCCGAGGAGGCCAGGGUGGACUCCAAGAGGUCCUCCCUGUAUCCCCUCGAGCAGGCAGAGCACGACUGGCUCGUGAAUUGCGCCGCCGGUCACUGGAAUCAGGUUUACGGCCUGCUGCUGAACGACUUCCAGCGGAUCGAGAAGAAGGACUUCAUGUCUGGGUUCACUGUUCUGCACUGGGCUGCCAAGACUGGGAACAGCCACAUGCUCAUGAAAUUUAUCGACGCGUCCAGGAAGGAGGGAGUGGACGUGGACAUCAAUGUCAAAUCCCACGGAGGAUACACUCCGUUACACAUCGCCGCCCUGCACGACCAGGAGUGCAUCAUGGCCACGCUGGUGGCGGAGUACGGAGCCAGUACGAGCGUGCGGGACAACUGCGGGAAGAGGGCCCACCACUACCUGCACAAAGGCAUCUCUCCGACUGUGAGGGAGAUGAUGGGAGCACCCAAAGCCCAACAACAAGCGCACUCUAAGGUUCUUCAGAAAGACGAGCUGGACCCGUUGCCGGAUCACUCAAAGAGCCUGCAUUCGAUAAGCCGACUCUUCCAGCCGAGCACCCCGGGCCUAAAGAAGAAGAGUCACAGAUCGGGGCUUUACUCUCUGGGCGAGGAACGCGAGGAGGGAGAUCCAGGCUCCUACAGACCCAGAACCAUGUCCAGCGCUUCCAUGUAUUGACUGAACUUUUUUUUGUUGUUGCUUCUCACAUUCCUCAGAUUUCACUCUUAAAUCGUUGUUUUCCUGCUUCGUCUUCUAAUAAUAUUUGGGAACGCAUUACAAAAAGGCGACUUUUUGUCAGGGGUCUGGCACCUGCAACUCUAGGG